AUGAACAUAACAAGCAUCGCCGGCGUCAAUAGCAUGAAGAAAAGGUCGUCGCAAGGCCGGAAAAAAAUUGAAAUAAAGAAAAUAGAAGAAGAAAACAACCGUCAAGUCACCUUCUCCAAACGCCGUAAUGGCCUCUUCAAGAAAGCCGCCGAGCUUUGCAUCUUAACCGGAGCCCAUAUCACCAUGCUCGUCCACUCACCUGGUGGCCGGGUUUUCGCAUUCGGCCACCCCACCGUGGAUGACGUUGCCGACCGCUUCCUUGACAUCACCACCAAUAACGCAUCAACAUCAGAUGAAUCUACCACCCAAAAGGGACAACUUGAGAAAGAGUUCAACCAACACUACGUGGAGAUUUCAAAGGAGUUGGAAGCGGAGAAGAAGCUGAGAGAGGUGAUUCAUGAGUCGAAAAUCAUAAACGCCAGUGAAUUACCGUGGUACAGUGAAGGCGUUGAUGGGCUGGAGGUGGAGGAGUUGCAGCAGUACAUAUCAUCCUUGGUAGAGUUGAAGAGAAAGGUUUUAGUACGUGCGGAUGAACUGAUGAUGAUUAAGAAAGCUCCGGCGUUGCUUGGUCCGAACAUGUUGAGUAUUGCUCAGGCAAAUGACAUUGCGAAUAUGGAGAAUCCGACUAAUGGUACGGCGUCGUCUAGUUUUGGUUUUGCACAUAGUCAUAGUAGGGAGUGGAUGAUGUAA